UCAUGUAACAAACACAGCUGUUCAUUAAAGCAGGACUUAAACUUAUAUUAUCUGCCACUGACCAAAUUAAUUUCUUCUGUAUGCUCUGAAAAUGUUCCCACUGGUUGUGCAUCAUCGCUGGAUGUUGGUUUUAAAGAUAUUAAUCUUCUUUUUGGGGUUUGUUUUCCAGAACGUCUUUUGUGAAGCCACAAAUGGACAUUGGUUCAAAGACAUGCUGUUUAUCAGCCCUUAUCCUCCACCACAGACAUUUCAUUUCCCGUCAGAGGUCAUCUUUCAAAAGGAGAAUAAAACUAAACUGUGUUUUAACAUCCAGGCAAACCAAACACCCGCAGAAUUUUCAGGCUGUUGCAGGAAUUUCACCUGCAACAUAACAGCAACUCCGAACAACAACAACAACAACGAAUUCCAGCUGAAUCUACCUGAAAAUUCUGGACCUGAAAAUUCUCUACAAAACCAUGACGUUGUAUUGCUGCGUAACACAUCUUGCAAUUUCUCAUGUUUCUCAACGUUGAACAAUUCGACAGGUUUUAUCCUAAAUCUUCACAAGUGCUUAAAAACAGGUCUCAAGAAUAUCAGACUGAGUAAAGAUGGCCUAUGUGUACAAAAUCUGAUCAGAGAAGAAGAACAAUGUUAUGGUGCAACAGAGACUAAAUAUAUUGUUGGAAUAGAACAAUGCACAAAAUUUGUAACUUGUAAGCUACCAGGGAAGAAGGCAGAGGCAACCAUAACCCUUAAUGUUACAGACACAUCUAUAAAUACAGCAGCAGCAGCGAAUAUUAUGAAUAAUCUUGGUUCCACACUGAGUCAAAUGGGCAAUGCAAGCACAGCAGAGAUCAAAAUGGGAAAUGUCACUGGAGUGAUUGCUAAGCUGCCAAAACAGAAUCACACAGUCAUGAACUUUGGUUUCACAUCAGGUGGGAAUGUAAAUAUUCUCAAGGAAAAUGAUGCAGUGGUGGACUUCUCUAGAAGUGUUUACCUUCCUAAGGAAGCCAGUAAAAGGGCAGUUGAAAACAACGGAUCAUUUGCUGGAGUUUUGCUUUUUCCAGAUAUUCCUCAGAUUGACCAGAAUCGUUCCCUUUUCAAAAACGAAAUGCUGGGGAUUGAAAUGGGAGCAAACAUAUUUAAUCUCUCACAAACCAUCAACGUUCAGUUCACUAAUGUGUACACGACCGGAUUUAAUGCCACUUGUGUAUCAUGGGAUGGAAAAAAUGAUAAUGGGACCGAAGCAAACUGGACCACAGAGGGCUGUCUGACAACACAAGUCAAUGGCAGCAUUACAUGCAGCUGCUCUCAUCUUACAUUUUUUGCUAUUCUCAUGUCAUCAUUGCCUGUUGGCAAAGAUGGUAACAAUUCUACUGGAGGUAUAAGUUCAUCUGACUUGAAAACCCUGACCCAAAUCACAAAGGCUGGCUGUGGCAUGUCCAUGUUCUUCCUGGGCGUGGCUCUCUUCAUGCAUUUUCUGGUCAGGAAAAAUAAAGCCAGUGAAGCUGUAAAGAUCCUCAUGAAUCUCUUUGUCGCCCUGUUCCUCCUGAACCUUUGCUUCUUGGUAAAUGAGUCGAUUGCUAAACUGAAGGUCUCAGCAGCUUGUGUGGCGAUGGCAGCGGCUCUGCAUUACAGCAUGCUGGCCACAUUCACAUGGUUCUUCAUGCAGGCCUUGCACCUGUACUUCAAUCUACACCAGAUCUCCACAGACAUCAAAUAUUACAUGUGCAAGAUUUGCAGCACGGGAUGGGUUGUUCCAGCUGUGGUGGUUGUUGGACUUCUCGCUUCGAGCAAAUACGAUUCCAUCGAAGUUUCUGAUGACAAUGGAACCUCAGUAUCUAUGUGCUGGAUCCCUGAUUUUACAGUCCACACAGGAGUGAACAUUGGUUACUAUAGCAUUGUGUUCAUCUUCACCUUAACAGUUUUUAUAGUAACUGUUGUGCAGAUCAAACAAUUUUCAUCCAAAAAAGCAAAAUCCCAAAACAACAUCUCCACCAAGAAAAGAUUUUUCUCUCUUGUGGGUCUUUUCUGCCUCUUGGGCAUCAGCUGGGGAUUUGCUUUUUUCAGCUAUGGCCCUCUGCUCCUUCCCUCCUACUACAUCUUCACCAUCCUUAACUCCUUUCAAGGAUUUUUCCUGUUCGUCUACUACUACUUUUCAAGCAGGGUGAUUAUAGACGACACUAAACAAUCUAAAAGCAGCAGUGGGACCACCGAAAAUGUGUACACGUCAUCUUCCCAUAGAUAAAUUACUCAGUCCUGCACCCUUGGUUUCUUUCACUAAUACUGUAUUGACUUAUUGUAUAUAGGAAACUGGAGUUGUCAUUUGAAAAGUUAAAGAGAACUUGUUGAGUCAAUUGGAUUUUAAUCACAGUUCUAGAGACAAAACUUCAAAACAUUUUCUGCUGGACUUUGGGUGUUGAGUUAAAUGCAGUAGAUGUGUAGUAUCUCCUUUGGUUACACUUUUAAAAUGGCUCAGAUUGAAAAUCUUUGGGUUGAGCCGAAAAGAUCUGUGAGCAAAGAUUCUCUCAAAAUCUGACACAUUUAGGGAAUUUUGGCAAAGGAGAGUGAACAGAUAUUUCCAGGUCAAGAUGUCCCAAUAAACUUUGACAAUAAAGACUCAGAAUAUUUCUUUGUAAAGGAUGUUAUCUUGUCUUUCAAAUGAGUUGUACAGAUUGUAAAAGAGGUUGUUUAUAUGGAACCUCUGAAAAUACUUAAAAAGAAAAAAUUAGCAUGCCUAAUAUUUGUUUAAGUCACCAACAAGAUUAGUUUGCGAGACAAAUAAUGGUCUUGAAAAUGUAUUCACUAGGGGUUUGUUGGAAUCUAAAUGUCAUUUUCAAUAAAUUGCUUACUAUAUUA